CGUGUCGUCAGAGGCGGAAGUUCAGAGGUGAAGGUAGGAUAAUGAUGGACUCCAGUGUAAACAGCGAUUUCGCGUCGCGUCUUCUGUGUCGCGCUCAAUCUGAGGAGAAGUAGCUUCAGCUGUGGCGGUUUCUCUCGACGGAAGAUGCUCGGAUGUCGUCGCCGCUGAUACUCACACUCCUGUGAACGCAAAGCGCUGAAGACGGGACGAUGGUGUCCCUCAGGGGCCUGUGUUUCCUCCUCACUCUGUUUCUGGGCAGUUUCUUCGGCAGCGUCUUCAUGCUGGGUCCGGUUCUGCCGCUCAUGCUGCUCUCGCCCGCCUGGUACCGCUGGGUCACCGACCGCAUCGUGGCCACCUGGUUCACCCUACCAGUGGCGCUGCUGGAGCUGGUGUUCGGGGUGAAGGUGGUGAUCACGGGCGAUGGCUUCGUUCCCGGCGAGCGCACCGUCAUCAUCAUGAACCACCGCACGCGUCUGGACUGGAUGUUCCUGUGGUGCUGUCUGCUGCGCUACAGCUACCUGCGUCUGGAGAAGGUCUGCCUCAAAGCGGCGCUCAAGGCUGUGCCCGGCUUCGGCUGGGCCAUGCAGGUGGCCUGCUUCAUCUUCAUCCGGCGGCGCUGGGAGGAAGACCGCGCUCACAUGGCCAACAUGCUGCAGUACUUCUGCCACAUCAAGGAGCCGCUGCAGCUGCUGCUGUUCCCCGAGGGCACCGACCUCACCGAAAACACCCGCGCCAGGAGCGACGAGUUCGCCGAGAAAAACGGGCUUCCCAAGUACGAGUAUGUUCUUCAUCCUCGCACCACCGGCUUCACCUUCAUCGUCGACACGCUGCGGAAAGGUGAUAAUCUGGACGCUGUGCAUGAUAUCACGGUGGCGUAUCCUCAGAACAUCCCUCAGACGGAGCGGCACCUGCUCCUGGGUCUGUUCCCGCGAGAGAUCCACUUCCACGUGCGGCGUUUCUCUGCGGCGUGUCUGCCCUCGAGCGCGGAGCAGCUGCAGCGCUGGUGUCAGGAGCGCUGGCGAGAGAAAGAGCAGCGUCUGUGUGCCUUCUACCGCUCCGAGCCGCGCCGCUUCGACCAGCCCGAGGCCCGCGUGCCGCCCUGUAAGAGCCAGCUGAGAGUGGCGCUGAUCAAAGCUGCGUCGCUGCUGUACUGGAGCAGCUUCAUCACGCUCUGCUGCGCCGGCCUGUGGCUCUGGACCCCCCUCAGACUCUACUUCCUGCUGAUGGUCAUCUUCUUCCUGUGUCAGCAGCGGGUCACGGGUGGAGUGGAGCUGAUGGAGCUGGCCUGCCACCGGCGCUGGAGCGGAGCACAGGUGAAGCAGGACUGAGACGCGCCAGGAGAAGAUCACACUAUAAACAUCAUAAACACAGCAUUCAUCACUGCGAACGCCAAUCUCGUCUCUUAACUCUUUCAGCGCUUUGUGUUUCGUCCUGUUUUAGUAGCUCGGGUUAUCCACUUACAGCCAUAUUUUAAAGAAUUACGAUAUUUUAUUUGGUGUUCAGUGCUGGCCAAAAUGAUUCGAACACUAGUGUUUCCAGCAGCUGAAACUGGUUUGAAGUCAGUUAUUUCUAUCUUUUGCUGUAGUGUGUCAGGAGGAAAUAUCUGUUAACUGUAAUAUGUUAGUGCUGCACACAGAGCUCUGAUCUGAUCCUCAUCAGUCUGUCUGGAGUCACACUACAGCAAAAGAUAGACUGACUUCAAACCAGUUUCAGCUGCUGGAAACACUAGUGUUCUAAUCAUUUUGUCCAGCACUGUGUAUGUUUUAUAGUUACGGAGCGCAGCCAUAGCACAUUAGCUUCGAGCGCUGGUGAAAAAGGAAAAGCCCAGUGUAUUGAUGCGCAUCAGGAGCGUGUUGCGUGUUCUCCGCAUGCAUGGCUGCAGGUUCCCAGACAAUCCUCGUGUAAAUCAGGACUGAGUUACCCGUAUAAGACCUGACCGAACCCUGACCUCUGACCUGUGUGUGCUGGGUUAGUGUGGACCGGCUCACUGUGUGCGUGUUCCUCGUGUCACGAUCACUCAGGUAUAUUCACUGUAACCAACCAUAAUCAUAAUCAACACGCCAAUAAAUCCAUCUUCUGUUGCUUCGUGAGCUGUGUCCAGUUCAGAUGAACAGCUCAGCCGUGUGUCGCGUGAGUAAAGCAUGUUUAGCAGCAGACUGCGCUCCGUCUGGAGAUUCUGCUCUGCUCUUCUUUCAGACUAAAGGAAAGAAAGCAUCCAAAACACACAUUAAAGCAUCACACUUUAUCUAUCCGAGUCUGUAGAUUUCAAAGUUUUUUCUCUUCACAGUUUUAU